AUGGCUGUAGGCAAGAACCUAAAGUGGAGUCCCGGACAAGAACCUAGAAGGGAAGAAAGAAAAUUAUUUCCCCUCCCCUACAAAACUAAAGAGAAAAGGCUAGUGGUCAAAUUGAAGAUCCAAAAGCAAGUACUGUUAAUUCUAGGCAAUAACCCAGAAGACAACCACCAGGAUCAUGCCAAGAUCAUCCUGAAGCCAGCUUUGAUGCCUAAAAUUCCCCUCAAAAAGAAGAACGACCAGCUAACGCUAUAUUUUGAGCUUAUUGUCUUAUUACUGAUAAGUUCCCAGAUUUGUCAGAAUUAUUCCACCAAAGUGGAGGCCACUGUCAAUUGCCUGGUCAAUAGGCCUCUGCAAGCCUCCUACACCUACCUCUCUCUGGGCUUCUAUUUCCACUGUGAUGAUGUGGCUCUGGAGGGCAUGAGCUCCCUUUUCCAAGAAUUGUCUGAGGAGAAGCACGUAGGCGCCAAGAAUUUCUUGAAAAUGCAAAACCAGUGCUGCGGCCAUACCCUCUUCCAGGACAUGCAUAAGCCAUGUCAAGAUGAGUGGGGUAAAAGCCAGAACGCUGUGGAAGCCGCCAUUCUCAUGGAGAAGAACCUGAACCAGGCCAUUUUGGAUCUACAUGCUCUGGGUUUUGCCCACACAGAUUCCCAGCUCUCUGAUUUCUUGGAGAACUGCUUCCUGGAUGAGCAGGUGAAACUCAUUCAGAAGAUCCAGGCUGGGCUUGGCCAGUAUCUAUUUGAAAGGCUCACCCUGAAGCACAACUAGGAACUUCUGGAGCCCAGUGGUCUUUGAGGAGCCCUUCUGGUGUCAGAGCUUCUGCCAGAAGCCCCUGUUUACAGUCACAUGACAGCUUUUUAAUCACUCUGGGGCCCAGUUCCAAGCCUUGGACCAAAUGGAAACAAGCAAACUUUUUGUAGGAAAAAAAAGGAAUUUCUCUGUUAUAUAUUGAUGGAUAAUUUCUGUUUUAAGUUUCUCAUCCAAAGUUGCUUUACAUCAAUUUAUCAUUUUCAGGACUAGAUAGAAUGGAUCUCAAAUUUAGUCCUUAAAUAUUCUCAGCUUUCAAGUUUGAAUAAUGUUAUGUAUGCCAGGCUAUGAGGAGCCUAUGUGGCCAUACCAGACCAUCAGGAUCACUACACAGGUGCUGAAGGUUUAGUGUUUCUUGAACUUUGUUCUGCUGAUUGAAUACCAGAAUCACUGUUAAAUAGCAUAUUCUUGGGCUCUGAGACCUAUUGAGCCAGAAUUUCUUAGGAUUGGUGGCCAACAGUUGGAAAUUUUAAUAAUUUUUCCCAGGAGACUCAUGCAUCCUUAAAUUUGAGAACCACUGCCUAAUGCUGUGUCAUAGUUUGGCAAUUUUCAUGGUGGUGGGGAGAGAGGGCAGUGAUAUCUAAAUAAGUAGAAGCAUGUUGACAACUGGAGUGAAAAUGAGAUAGGAAGGAAGGGCACAGGGCACAACAUUAAAAGAAUGACACAAACAUUAAGACAACAAGAUGCCACAAAAAUCAGUUUAAACUACUAGACCCAAGAUCUGACUUCCAGUGCACCUCAAUCCUCACUAUAUGCUCAUUACAGUAUGUUAGCAUGCUAAGUAACACACACACAAAUGCUAUGACAGUUCUUAGCCCAAUUAUAAAAGGUCAAAAAGUGGGUGGUACCCCACUCCCAGAAAUCCCCACUCCCUUCCCAAAGGUAGUUAUACUAUUCUUCCCACUUUUUAGUCUUUAAAUUUCCUAGCCCAUGAAAACUAAUCAUCCCAAACCUCAGGAUGCUCUCUGAGGUUUGGAGUGAUUCACCUUCUGAGGUGACCCACACACUGUGGAGUGUGCAUCUCUCUCAGUAAACCUACCUUCACUUCACUAAGUCUUGCCCUUGAAUUCUUUCCUGCAAGGAUCCAAGGACCCUCAUUGGGCAGCCUGUCUCCAGGACUCAUAAGGGAACGGGGACAUGACAUUCCUUUUAUGUCCAAUUUUGCCUACAACAAAAUACUUUGCUUGAAAUAUAGACUAUUGUAGAGUUGGCCACCUGCAUGUGAAUCAAGAAAGAUAUAUUCUGGUAGGCAGAAUUCUAAGAUGAUUCCCAAGAUGCCCACUCCCUGGGGUACUUAGCCUGUGUAAUCCCUAAUAUUGUGAAUAUGAUGAAUUUCACUCCCAUUAUUAAGUUAUAUUAGAUGAGACAGUUGAUUUUAAGAAAGAGAAAUCAUGCUAGGUGAGCCAUACCUAAAAAGGAGAGCCCUUAAAAGAGACUGGGCUCUUCCUCAAAUUUGUGGCUCAGCACCUGAGAGACUUGACAAGAUUUCCUAUUGCUGGAUUUUCAGGAAAGGGGUCAUAUGGCAAGGUAUGCUGGCAGUCUCUAGGAGCAAAGAGAACCCCCCACAUGACAGCCAGCAAAGAAACAGGGACUGCAGUCUUACAACCACCACAAGAAGCUGCAUUUAGUCAACAAGCUUAAUGAAAAUGGAAACAAAUAUCCUCCCAGUCUCCAAAUGAGAAUACAGUUAGCCAAGAUCUCGAUUUCAGCUCGGCAAGACCCUGAAGAGAGAAUUAAGUCAUUCCACGCCUGAAUUUCUGAACUAAAAAACUGUGGGGUUAAAAAAAAAGGGGGGGUGUUAUUUUAUGCUCUUAAAUGUAUGGCAAUUUGUUUCACAACAAUAGAAAACUAAUCCACGUUCAUUUGUGCAAAAGUGGCCCUGGCCUGUAGAAACAGGUAUCAUCUGAACCCAGCCACUAUUAUGUACACUUUGACUUCAUUGAACCUUGCAUAUAAAUGAGAUUGGUGCUAUGUAACAGCAGAUUUUACAUAUCAGAGUUAGGAUUAUAGAAUCACCAAGAUCCGCUAUGUGCAGGUUAAAAAGAUUCAUUAAGAAAUUAUUGGUUGGUGAAUUCCUCUUCUGGCUCAGUUGUAAAAAACCCGACUAGUAUCCAUGAGGACAUAGGUUCAAUCCUUGGCCUGGCAAUGUGGAUUAAGGAU